CCAGGGGGCGCUGAGGGACCGCCCCGGCCCCCGCGCCCCUUCCCCAGCCGGGGCGGGCAGCGCCGUGGGGGUAACGGCCGCGCCGGGGGCCAUGCGGGGCCAAGCGCGAAAGGAGAGUCUGUCCGAUUCCCGGGACCUGGACGGCUCCUACGAUCAGCUCACGGGGAACCCACCCAGGCCCACUAAAAAAGCGCUGAAGCAGCGAUUCCUCAAACUGCUGCCUUGCUGUGGCCCCCAGGCCCUGCCCUCAGUCAGCGAAAGUGGCGCUGUCCCCCUCCCCCCAACCUCUGCAGAUAGCGUAGAGGAUGAGUUUGAAUUGUCCACUGUGUGUCACCGGCCCGAGGGGCUGGACCAGCUGCAGGAACAGACCAAGUUCACCAGAAAGGAGUUGCAGGUCCUGUACAGGGGCUUCAAGAACGAGUGCCCCAGCGGCAUCGUUAAUGAGGAGAACUUCAAGCAGAUUUACUCCCAGUUCUUCCCUCAGGGAGAUUCCAGCACUUAUGCCACCUUUCUCUUCAAUGCCUUUGACACCAAUCACGAUGGUUCUGUCAGCUUCGAGGAUUUUGUGGCUGGUCUGUCAGUGAUUCUUCGAGGAACCAUAGAUGAUAGGCUCAAUUGGGCCUUUAACCUGUAUGACCUCAACAAGGAUGGCUUUAUCACCAAAGAGGAAAUGCUGGACAUCAUGAAGUCCAUCUAUGACAUGAUGGGCAAGUAUACAUAUCCUGCCCUUCGGGAGGAGGCACCAAGGGAACAUGUGGAGAGCUUCUUCCAGAAGAUGGACAGAAACAAGGAUGGUGUGGUGACCAUUGAAGAGUUCAUUGAGUCCUGCCAGAAGGAUGAAAACAUCAUGCGUUCCAUGCAGCUCUUUGACAACGUCAUCUAACUCGAUGUAGAGAAGGCUUGUCGUAUGCUAGGGGAAGCUCCUGAGCCUCCCUGCUCAGAUGGAUCUCUCUCUUUUCCCAGGUCUAUCUCCACACUUCCCCCCUCUCCCAUCCUGUGUUUGCAGGAGCCCAGGCAAUCCACAGUGAUUGCUAGGACACUAUGACCUCUUUGAGGUAUCUGGGUUCUGAGGUUAAAAAAAAAGGGGGUGGGGGUGGGGGUGGAGCUGGGAAACAAGGCAGAAUCUUCAAGUAGUGUUGGAGAGUGUCCAACACUCCCAUGUAGUCAGCCUAGAACUCCUAUCUGCUCCAUAUGAUAAGAACCCACUGCCCCUACCCUGGAGUUUGAUAUAGAAAUAAAGCUGCUCCCAUUCCCAUUCCACCUAUACAGUAGAAACCAAGAAUGCCCCUGCUAUGGUGCUUCCCCAAACCAACCAAUCUCACAGAGACCUCCCCACUGAGCACUCUCAGAGGAAUUUCUAAGAAAUCCUACUAGCAAGGAGGACCUUAGACCAUAGGCCAGAAUCAAAACUAGUCCGAGGUCCUCUGUAGUAGAUGUUAAAAAUGAGUCCAGAGAAACCUCUUAGCUUCCAGCUUCUGAAUCUGAACAUGAGUAGGAAUACUCUGGCUCUUAAAGGAGCUCUGCAUGAGAAGAUGAGCCUCCUUAGACAGGAGAUUCCAUAUAUCUGUGUUGUCUGCCUUGAUUUUGUCCUGGGAACCCUCAUAUAUUUUCUCUUCUCUCUGUUUCCUUGUAUAUGAUGGUGGUGGGUGUAAGGGUGAGGAAGCUAGAGAUGGCAAAAGGCCUAGGAAUGAAUAGCCCCCAAGCCAGAGUUCAUUGAGGUCCUUUCACCUCUUACAUAUCCUCUCCUAUCAGCUUUGCACAUUUUAGCAGGACCAACUAGUGGGACCAUUCCCUAAGUUCUAGGGGGAAUUGCCAGAGACUGGGGAAGAGAGUGAAGGCCCUUCAGAAUCUGAGAUCCCAGAAUGAACACCAUCAGUCACAGGAUUAAGGAUGCCCAAAUGCUGUGUGUGUGGGGGAUAUUUCUGGAGCACUAUCAGAUGGGGCCCUCACUACUACUGCCUGUUUAAGCCCUCUUCAGCACAGCUCAGCUCUUCUUCCCCCAGCUCUGCACCUCUCCUUUUCUCUUUGAGAAGCUAGGGAAGCCCUGAUGUUCUCAGCAGAGAACUCUUAUUGCCCCAUCCCACAACUCCUCCCCCUUAUGAUGGGGGGUGGGAAGGGCUCUGCAAGCCCAAUCCCAGUAAGGUUUCUACCCUCUGGGCCUCUGCUCCACUCCUAGUGUCUCAACUAGUCCUGGGUAGCUCUGCCUUCUCAGAGAUCUGAAGGGAUGGGGGUUAAUAGCCUCCUACCUCCUCUGUCUAGGGCUUGGUUGUGACUGCUUUGCAUUUUCAACUCUUGUGUAUAUUUUGUAAAAUAAGGAACCCAGAGAAUCCAAUAAAACACAAUGGCUAUGCAUA